AUGAAGACCGUCUGUCCCAGUCGGGCGCCGCGCACUAUCGGCCCUUAUGUCCACGCCAUCGUGCACGGCAACCUCGUCUUCACCACCGCCUGCAUUCCCCUCGACCCCUCGACCAUGAAAAUUGUGGGAGGCGGACCUGAGAACCAACUGCGCCGCAUCUUUGAUAACCUUAAGAUCAUCCUGGAGGAGUCCGGCACCACUUUGGACCGCAUCAUCAAGCAGAACGUCUACCUGACCGAUUUUGAGCAGUUCGAGGCUUUUAAUAAGGUCUCGGCGGAGUAUUUGGGAGAUCAUCGGCCGGCACGGGCGACGAUGAAAGUGAUGGAACUGCCCAAGAAUGCACCGAUGGGGUUGGAUGUGGUGGCUGCUUUGCCGGAAUAA